UAUUUAAGGAACUGUAUUUCGGGAAGUCAAGAGUAAGUCCAUUGUCUGAGACGCAACGCUAGGCGCAGUGAACAUUGUUAACCUGCAGUGGAGGGACGUUAGUUUUCGUUACCUUGUAAUUUAGUUAUUUUUCUUGAGUUUAAACCUCAUAACCACCGAAGCCAUGGAUAGCUGGGACGAUACUUCAAGCCACAAAGUGACCCGUAUCUCCAGGACAUACAAUGUGUACAGGGGUUCAUCACCGUCCACUCAAAACAGAAUCGAGGCUCGAUGCCGCGAGCUGGAAGAUGCCCUGGAUUCUGAGAGGGACAUGCGCCUCAGGUUUGAGAAACAGUGCGCGGAGUACUCUUUCCAAAUCGAGCAGCUCUCAGACAGACUCGAGGAGUCCACCGGUUCAUCCAGCGUCCACGCUGACCUGAUACGCAAAAAGGACGCUGAAGUCAACAAACUGCGCAAGGACAUCGAACUCUUGACCAUCCAGUACGAGGGACAGGAGGCCAGCAUGCGCAAGAAGCACCAAGAGGCCCUCAACGACCUCUCCGACCAGGUCGACUAUCUCUCCAAGAACAAGAACAGGGUAGAGAAAGAGAAGAGCCAAAUCCUUAUUGAAAUCGACAACUUGCAAGGUAUUAACGAGGCCCUCGGUAAAGGAAAGGCCUCUGCGGACGCUAGGGUUGAAGCCCUCGAGGCCUCCCUGGCCCGCCUUAAGGCCCAGGUUGAUGAUCUCACCAGGCAAUUGAACGACUCCAACGGCGCCAAGGCGCGUCUGACGAAGGAGAACUUUGACCUCCAGCAUGCCAACCAGGAGUUGGACAGCGCCAACGCCGCCUUGGCCAAGGCACGCCAGCAGCUCCAGGCCAACCUUGAUGACCUCAAGAGGCAGCUGGACGACGAGUCUAGGCAAAGACAGAACCUCCAAGUGCAGCUGGCUGCUCUCCAGGCCGACUAUGACAACCUGAACGCCCGCUACGAAGAGGAAUCUGAGAACGCCUCCUUGUACAGGCAGCAGUACGUCAAGCUCCAGGCCGAGUUCACCUCUGUCAAGACUAAGCUGGAGAAGGACCUCAUUUCCAAGACCGAGGAGUACGAGGAACUCAGGCGCAAGUUGAGCGUGCGUAUCCAGGAACUGGAGGACCUUCUGGAACAGCAGCGCCAGCGUGCUGCCAACCUCGAGAAGGCCAAGAACCGUCUGACUGUCGAACUGCGAGAGGUCACAAUCGAACUCGAGAACACCCAGAUCAUCGUGCAAGACCUGACAAAGAGGAACAGACAGUUGGAGAACGACAACGCCGCCCUUCAGAAGCAGGUGGCCGACCUGACCGCCGAGAACCAGGCCCUGCGCGCCGAAAAGGCCGCGCUGGAGCAGGAAGUGUACCGCCUCAAGGUCGCCAACGCCGAGCUGGCUGAGAAGAACAAUAACCUUGAACGAGAAAACGGCCACCUUUCGGGUCAACUCCGUGACGCCAACAACGCUCUGAAGGACGCCAACCGUCGCAUCAAUGAUCUUACCGCCGCGAACGCCGCCCUCACCGCUGAGCGCGACAACCUGGCGGCGGCCCUCCGCGACACCGAGGACGCCCUAAAGGACGCCGAGAACAAGCUUGCCAACGCCAACGCAGCCCUGCAGGCCCUGCGCGCCGAGAUGGAACACCGUCUGCGCGAGAAGGACGAGGAGAUCGAGGCUGUCAGGAAGAGCGGCCAGCGCGCCAUCGAGGAGCUCCAGAGGACGCUGAUAGAGGUUGAGACCCGCUACAAGUCCGAGAUCUCGCGCCUCAAGAAGAAGUACGAGACCGACAUCCGGGAACUUGAGGCGGCCCUUGACAACGCCAACCGCGCCAACGCUGAGUACCUUAAGCAGAUCAAGUCCCUCCAGGCCAGAAACAAGGAACUCGAGGCGGCACUCGAGGACACCAGCCGUCUCCUUGACGACGCUCGCUCUCAGCUGUCCGUCUCCGAGAGGAAACGCAUCGCUCUGGCCACCGAGCUUGAGGAUGUCCGAACUCUCCUGGAAAGUGCUGAGCGUGCCCGCAAGAACGCCGAGAACGAACUCCAGGACGCCACCGUCCGCGUGUCCGAACUCUCCAUUCAGAUCACCUCCAUCACUAACGACAAGCGCCGCAUGGAGGCCGACAUCGCCGCAAUGCAGGCCGACCUCGACGACGCCCUCAACGGCCGCACCGCCGCCGAGGAGCGCGCCGACCGGCUCCAGGCUGAAGUCAACCGACUUGCCGAGGAGCUCCGACAGGAACAGGACAACUACAAGAACGCCGAGUCACUCCGCAAGCAGCUGGAGAUCGAGAUCCGCGAAAUCACCAUCCGUCUGGAGGAAGCCGAGGCGUUUGCCACCCGCGAGGGCAAGAGGAUGAUUUCCAAGCUUCAGGCCAGGAUCCGCGACCUCGAGGCCGAGUUCGAAGCCGAGCAGCGCCGCGAGCGCGAGGCCCAGGCUAACGCCCGCAAGUUCGAGCGCCAGUACAAGGAGCUCCUGGCGCUCAUGGAGGACGACAAGAGACACCUGGCUGAGCUUACCAGCAUUAACGACUCAUUGAGCAUCAAGAUCAAGACCUACAAGCGACAGAUCGAUGAGGCCGAAGAGGUCGCCACUAUUGCCAUGAACAAAUAUAGAAAAGCUGUCGCGCUCAUCGAAGAGGCCGAUUCGCGCGCAGAUAUGGCGGAGAAAAGCCUGCAAACUGUGCGGCGCUCUAGGUCUAUGUCCGUCUCGAGCUCUGUAAACGUUGUCCGAGUAACGAGAGAUAGAAGCGUUGCUCUGUAGUGUUUUACAGAAUUUUCCAAACAGAGAUCUUUCGGAUCAAAAACUUUUUUUGCGAUGUGUGUACAUGUUAAAUUAUGAAUGACUGUUCAUAAUAAUUCCCGUAAAUUAUUGAUUCAUAGCUGUUGAAUGUUGUUAAAAAUAAGAACUCCGAAUCUGCGCUCCCGGCGAUGCGAUGGCUCCAUUCUUCGGAAUGCCUGUCUUUUUCUUACUUGUUCCCGGCUGUCAAGGAUAUAUGUCCCCGGGGAAGACAAAGCCGGGCAGCAAGUAACCGGGUAUAAAAAUCGACAUGACGUCAUCCGUCCCAUAAUGCUUCAUCGCUGUUGCCAUGCUAAAACUUUCUGAUUAUAGGGAACAUGAUUGGAAUUGAAAAUAUGUGUGUUUUUUUUCUAGUUUUUUUUUUAAAUGUAGAUUUAAUUUAAAUAGAAAUUCGUUUAAUUGUCGAAUUUCUAAUUAUAGGCCAUGUGCAAUAUUGAGAUAUAGAUAUUUAUUUUGUUUGUAUUUUUGUGAUACCACAACUCGUUUGAACUGAUGUUGUAUUUAUCUUAUUUAAAAGUAAUUUUACACCAAGAGUACACAUGUGUUUGACUGGUAUUUAUAUCGGUUGUACAAUCUGGGGUUGUUUCAUAGUCUUUGAUAUCUCUCUCCUGGUCGACAUAGCUUUAGCUUUCUUCAUCACUCGGUGUCUAGACGGUGCAAUGUUUCCUAGUAACGUCUCAUUGAAUUUGAAAGUUGUUCUUUAUAUGUUAGUAUGUGUUUUCAAUUUUCGGUUUCAUGGGUAAAACACAGAAAAAUAAAAAAUAUUUCUUUACAAAUAUUAUUUACAAAAAAAAACUCUGUUAAAAUAUCGUUGAUUCUACAGAGACAGAAUAAAUUUGUAUGUUGCUGCUUUAAAAA